AUGAUAUCCUCCAUGGGGCCUCCAACUUCUGCCUCCGCUGCUAUCCGCACCGCAUCCUCUCUGGCCAGACUUCCUCGACGACAACUUUGCAACUUUGCGACUCGCUGCCUAGCUUCCCAGACAGUUGCGAGAUCGGCCCAGUACUCUAGCACUCGACGAGCCACCGCAGUCACCCUGCCCACAUCCAGCUUCUAUUCGCACAUCUCCCAGCGCAACAUGGCGUCCGCUACUGGAAUCAAGAAGAUCAAGGUCGUCAACCCCGUUGUGGAACUGGACGGCGAUGAGAUGACCAGGAUCAUCUGGCAGGUCAUCAAGGACAAGUUCAUUCACCCAUAUCUGGACAUUGACCUCAAGUACUACGAUCUUGGGCUGGAAUACCGUGACGAGACCAACGACCAGGUCACACUCGAUGCUGCAGAGGCCAUCAAGAAGUACUCCGUUGGAGUCAAGUGCGCGACCAUAACACCUGAUGAGCAGCGAGUGGAGGAGUUCAAGCUCAAGAAGAUGUGGCUAUCACCCAACGGUACCAUCCGUAACCACCUAGGUGGAACUGUCUUCCGCGCGCCCAUUGUCAUUCCCCGCAUUCCUCGCCUAGUACCCAGCUGGAAACAGCCCAUCAUCAUUGGUCGUCACGCUUUUGGAGACCAAUAUAGGGCCAAAGACCGUGUCAUCCCAGGUGAGGGCACCCUUGAGAUGGUCUUUACACCAAAGGGUGGAAAGCCUGAGGUGAUCAAGGUCUACGACUUCCCCGCGGAAGGAGGUGUGGCACAGACUCAGUACAACACCACCGAGUCGAUUUCUGGUUUCGCUCACGCCUCAUUCAAGAUGGCGCUUGAUAAGAAGCUGCCAUUGUACAUGAGCACCAAGAACACCAUCCUAAAGGCAUACGACGGAAAGUUCAAGGAUGUGUUCCAGGCCAUUUACGAGGCGCAAUACAAGAAGGACUUCGAAGCGGCCGGUAUCUGGUAUGAGCACCGUUUGAUCGACGACAUGGUUGCCCAGAUGAUCAAGAGCGAGGGCGGUUACAUUAUUGCCAUGAAGAACUACGAUGGAGAUGUUCAGUCUGACAUUGUUGCACAAGGUUUCGGCUCCCUCGGUCUCAUGACUUCAGUGCUCAUUACCCCCGAUGGUAAGACCUUUGAGGCCGAGGCUGCCCACGGAACCGUCACCCGUCAUUAUCGCGAACACCAGAAGGGUAACGAGACAUCGACGAACCCCAUUGCUUCCAUCUAUGCGUGGUCGCAGGGUCUUGCUAAGCGAGGAGAGCUUGACGGCACGCCGGAGCUCGUCGUUUUCGCUGAGCAGCUUGAAAAGGCUUGCGUGGACACUGUCGACAUUGACGGUAUCAUGACUAAGGAUCUUGCGCUUGCGUGCGGGAAGAAGGACCGAGGCAGCUGGGUCACGACAAACGAGUACCUUGAUGCAGUCGAGAGGAGGUUGAAGGCCAGCUUGAAGGAGAAGCUAUAA